UUUUUAAAUUGGAAGUGUACGGCAACUGUGCCUGCCCAGCUAUCCAUUUUCAAGCAUAAGCUUUUCUCCAUCAAAAAAUGAAUAUUCCCAGACCAAUCUUCUCCUUCUUCAUCCUCUUCUUCUUCUUCUUCUUCUUCUUGUCAAGCAGCUUAGAAAAUUGCAUGUUGGAUGAUAUCUGCGGCGAUGGCGAGCCGGCCAUCCAAUUCCCGUUUGGGAUACAAAAAAACCAGCCAGAGUCGUGCUCCUAUCCCGGUUUUGAACUGUCCUGUGACAGCAGCAACCAUACAAUCCUCACCCUUCCUUAUUCCGGGCAGUUCGCUGUCCAGGGUAUAGACUAUGCCGAACAACAAAUAUGGAUUAACGAUCCAAACAGCUGCCUCGCACAACGAGUUUUUUCCCUCAAUCUCUCAGGCUCUCCAUUUUAUGGCGUGACAAACGAAAGCUUUACGUUCUUCAAUUGCUCGUUGGAUUAUUUGAAAUACGGAUUAUUAAACCCUAUUGCUUGCAUGAGCGGCUCUACGUACACAGUUUUUGCCACCACUUCUUCUAGGGUGAUUAGUUUCUUGGCGUCUACAUCGACAUGCACUCAAAUCGGUACGUUUGUUGUUCCGGUUGAGUUUCCGUUGUACACGGAGGUUGUGUCGUCAGACCUCAAUGGCUAUCUCCGGCUCGCGUGGGACAGGCCAGGGUGCGGCCGUUGUGCCGCACGUGGUGGCCGGUGUGGGUUUGAGAGUAAUUCUAGUCGUCAAGUUGUUUGCUCAAGACUUCCUCAGCGAGGAAUCCCAAGGGGCGCACGCUAUGCUAUUACUGUUGGAGUUGGAGUGCCAGCAAUCUUGUGCGUUUUGGGGGUUUUAUGCUGCGUCUUUGGCAAGGUCAAGUCGUUAACAAGGGGCCGUAGAACUCUGCCUGAGUUUAAUUCCGUAGUGGCUCCGCAGCCCACCAUCGUCAGGGGUCUCGAUAGGCCGAGCCUCGAGGCCUACCCAAAAAUAGUCCUUGGAGAAAGCCGGCGCUUACCAAAGCCCGAUGACAACACGUGCUCGAUAUGCUUGUCCGAGUACCGGCCCAAGGAGACAUUGAAGACCAUCCCCCUAUGCCAGCAUUGCUUCCAUGCUGAUUGCAUCGAUGAAUGGCUUCAAAUGAAUGCGACUUGCCCUAUUUGCCGGAAUUCUCCACCGUGAUACAUGACAUCUUAAUGCAUGUGCCAUCACAUUUUUUCUGGAAAAUCUUUCGCCCUUUCUCACCAACAAUUUGUACAUAUUUUCUGUUUUCUUUUUUCUCUGUUUCUUUCGGGUCAGGCAAGUGAUCCAGCGAGCGGAUUUGCCACUGUCGAACGGUUCUGACUUCCAAGGGGCACCCAUUCCCGGUGACAGAAAGCGCGAAUCUGACCCUGAAGGUUCAGGCACACCAAAGAAGCCUAAAACUUGAAGUUCAAGCUCUUUUCUUUCUUGUUUUUAUGAAUUUAUUUACCCCUGUAAGAACUGUUUUGAGAUUUAAAGAACUUCAGAGAAAAUUUUCAAA